AUGUUUCGGUUAUGGUGGAUAACAGUGUUCGUUGUUGGACUGACUUUCAAUGUCGUGUCAUCACAUGAUGACCUACCGCCCGGCCAUUCUGAGGACGAACAUGAUGAAGAACCAGAAGACCAGGCAGAUGAAAAUGACCCGGAUAAAGAGGAAAUAGACGACGAAGAGAAGGACGACGAUGAUAAAAGCGAGGAUGUUGAAGAUGAAGGUCAGGAAGAUGAGGAAGAAGACGAAAGUCAAGGAGAUGAGGACGAUGAACAAGAUCAUAACAACUUGGAACAUGACGCGUUUUUGGGUAAGUAUAGGGACUGCGUUUGCCCUCACGUUUUUUGUUAUCACUAUAAAGAGCGAAAAGACACUAUGGCUACAAUUCAAGAUCAAAAACAUCAACCUAGUCUACAUCUGAGUAGGCACCGAGAUUAGUUUAGUUUUUUUUUGUCGUAUCGAGUGGCCAUACAUUAGAAUUUCAAAGUGCUUGGUUACAAUUUUAUGGAUCCAAUGACUAAAUAUUUAAAGGAAUCAAAUUAGAAAGCCUACGGCAAGACCUGAUGGAGGUCCCACUGCUUAAGAUAUGGCCAAGUUUAUGUCUGAAGCUGAAAUCCACUUUUAACAAAUCUUGAUGCCCUAUCAACAUAAGUAGGGUAAUCAGUUUUUUAAAAAUCGUCGCCUGAUACAGCCCAUUUGUUUUUUGACUAUAAAAAGGACCGACUAUUCCAGAAAUUAUACUUUGGUUUCUGGAUAGUUAAGAACCUGUGGAAAACAUCUGAUAGCACCCCACCACUCAAGCGGUAAAGAAGGUUAGACAAAUGUUACUGUUAAACUUGCAGUUUUCAUUUAGAGGUGUAAAUGAAAAGAAACACAUUAGCACCGCCUCCCAGAGACAGCACAGAUUUUUCUAAUUGAAUGAAGGAAGCGGAGUUGUAACAACCAAACCAGUGUAUUCCUUUUAUUAACAUAUCUUCGCAAUUAAUAAUUCAAAGUUCAAUUAACAAGCGUCUUCUAAGAAAUAAAAAAAUUGUCAGCAGGUACAUGUAAGUGCAAAUCGCCUCCUCUUUCUUGAUCAUUUUUAUUUUUAGCUUUAAGGACACAUCCCUUUAUUUUCUUGUUGUUUCAUUUUGUUUUAAAUUUCUUUUUUUCUUUCUUUUCUGUUCUGAACUCUAAUGAAUGAAUUGAGAGAUCACGGCAGUCGAAUGCAUGAAAAUGAUAUCAGCGCCCUCCUUAGGCGCUUCGUUUUUCACACAGAGACGAGCGCGAAACGCUAGUGACACGCGAGUGACUGGUGAUGAAGCGCAAGGGACUGCCUUCCUAAACGCGUAAUAUUUUCAUCGAGAGAGAGACUUCUGGGUACGAAAACUAAACACACAAACGAGGGGACUGAUAUUAAGUAUCUAAGGGUUUGAGUUCUGUAACACUCCAUUUGAGGCCGUUUGACAUCGGAAAGUUAAAUUUGUAGGCAAGCAGUGAACACUUAAGUUUCGUUUCAUAUUAAACAUAAGAGUUUUAGCUCUCUUUUGAAUAACAGUUAAUUAAACACGCACUGAAAAGUAUUAGCUGUUUUUAUAUCGUUGUAGCCAAGGGUAUAAGGGACAUUCACGCCGGUUAAACGAGUUGCGUUUUAAACUAGCCUGUCUACAGACGCCCCCCUCCCCUCACUAAAAUUCGGGGAGGGGAGGUGGGCGUCUGUACACAGGCUAUAUAAAUAAACCCUCUUUUUAUUUAUAAGGGGAUAACUACACGGAGUUUAAAGGACUUUCUCCCGAGGACGCGAAAACGAAACUAGCGCAGUUGAUUAAAGAUGAAGUGGACCUGAACAAAGAUGGCGUCCUAACGGAAGAUGAGAUCAGGCAAAGAUUUCACCUGACCAACAAAGAGUACAGGAAAAAAGAAGUCCUGGAAACCAUGAAACAACAUGACGAGGGUAAGUUACAUGAAAAAUUUCAUUUUUGUAUAGAAUUGGACCGGGAUUGCAUAUUACAUACUAGAUGCACGAUACGAGCUUAAAUAACAGAAAAUAAGUGAAUCGGUGAACAUAAAACACGAUUUACUAAAGCCUGGGUCAUAAGUGCGCCAGGGAGACGCCAAGCCAUGGGGAAAAGGAGCGUGUUUCCCUUGCGCACCCGAAGUGAUGAUAACUAAAAAAGUGAAAAAGGAGUUACUGAAAAAAAAAAAAAAUCAAAUAUGGUGAAUUAGGCAACGUAAAAAGAUUGAAAAACUUAAACGGCUUCGAUUCGAACGACACAUUAUCAGAGCAAGUCUGCAAGCUCAGCCCUGAUCUAAUUUAACAAGGUGAAUAGACCUGUCGAUUAGUGAAAAAAGUUUUUUAGCCUAUUAGCUUCUUUCAAAAGGGCCGUUUUUUCACUUCAUAGACAAAGAUGGCAAAGUGUCCUGGGAGGAAUUCAAAAAGGGGCACUAUUCUGAUGAUGGCAAGGACGAAGACAGCAAAGAACAAAUGAAAGAAGACGAAGAGAAAUUUAAAUUUGCUGAUGAAGAUGGAGAUGGCAAAUUAGAUUUAGAAGAAUACGUGGCAUUCUACCAUCCUGGAGUAAGUAAACGUGUAGACUGCAAAACAGUUCGUAUUUUUCCGUAUUCAAGUAGGCGCGAACAGUCAAAUAAAAGGUCUGGAGAAGGCUGAAAACGGAGAGCGAGACUGAGGAGAAACUUUAACGCUACGCUAAACUGAUUUUGAGAAAAAAACCUCACCGUUUUGCAGUCUAGUAAACUUAUCUCGUACCUAGAUCUCUUUUUUACGAAGCCGAAGAGAUCUGGGUACGACAUUACUAGUAAACAUCAAAAUAAGGGCAAAUGACACGUGGUAUACUUUCAUUAGUUACUCGACUUUGCUCCGCGUCAACAUUUUGCAUGUUUCGGUGGGAAUUGAGGAUUGCAUUUAUUCAUAACGGGGAACAAGACGUUUUAAAAGCAUAUAUGUACUUAAGCGACUGGAAAUCUUUAAAAGGGGCUACAAUAGGAUAGUUACUCGAAAAGGCACCUUUCGGGUUAGCGAGUUAUGAAAAUUCUCUGCAACCCCCACCCUCCCCUACCCCCUACUCUCGCUAAAAUCCCUUAAAAUCUUAAGUAUUUCAGUCACGAGUUGUUUGCAAUAUAGAUAAUGGUAAAAAGCAAUUGUCAUUUAGCUAUAUAAAAAGUACUGGCUAAUAGUCCGCUCAAGGGAAAAACGGUUCGGUUAUGUUGCUCAUGCAGUUAUUAACCAAAACGCUUCUAUAGGUAUAUAAAUAGGUGAACGUCCGUUUUUGGUCAACAAAUAUGGUAUAUAAUAGAAUCCAGAACUCAGGGGUGGGGGUUGAAGUAUUGUUACAAACACCAUGUUUCUGUCUGUACGUUACACAAUUGUUGAAAUUAUUUUUUUUAACGUUCCAGCCUCUAUUCUUAAUUGCUAAGGAACUUAAGCAACAACGAAGACGACGACUACGAGAAAGUAGAAAAAAAAAACAAACAAAAAACAAUAGAUUCAUUUAACAACAACAACACUGCACGUGCAUCACACUUUUUGGUACAUGUCUUUACACGACUACGACUUGAAACGUCCUCAUUCAAGGUUUUAUGGAGAACCUAAUUACAAGCCAACGAGUUGUUCUCUCUCUUUUCUUACUUCCUCUUUAUAGCAGUAUUGAAAGACUAAUAUUUAGGGAAAAUCUCACCGUUAUAUAAAGUCAAGAGAGUAUAAAUAUUUUUCGCCAUUUUGCUGUGGCUUGCAGGAUAAUCCACGGAUGGCCGAGUUUACGAUUCAAGACAGUCUAAAAAAACACGAUAAAGACAAGGACGGCGAGGUAUCAAAGAAAGAAUUUUUAGGUAAGAAAAUCUUCCGUCUGGUAUUUAAACCCUCGUUUUGCAAAGGUCUUUAAAUAACAGAAGAGUAAUGCUUAGCACGAGGUACAAAACUUACGUCUCGCUCUGUUUUUUCCAUUGUAUUGUAGUAUUGUAGGGUCUCCAAAAUCCUCUUCUUUCAAAUCGGGGUUUACGAAGCUGUCCCUUUCAAUAUCGGGACCUUUUGAUAGCCUCAGACUUUCUACGAGAAAAUUAAAAAAAUCAAACUUCCAUGCAAAAGCCUGUCUCGUUGAAUGACGGAGGCAAGAAGCCGUGGGCGCUAAAAGGCGGGAAAAUUUCGCGGGAAUUUCGUUCGCUCCUUCCGAUUGGUCAAAUGCAAGAGAUCAUAUUGAUCCCUUGUCAACCGAUAAAUUUAACUGGCUAGAACUCAUUUUGAUACGAAAACUUCAGUGAAUAAUUGUUUCAAUAUGCGGUUAAAUAUGGUGCUUGCUCUUAAAACAUGCCAUAUCAAAUGGGCUCAUUAUUCCCCGUCUCUUCCCUCAUCCUCGCUUUAAAUAUUUCUUUCAGCCACCUUUAGCGAUGUCAAUGAUGAUGCAAAAGAAGAAAUGGAAAAAGAUUUCACCAACAGUUUCGAUAAAGACAAAAAUGGAAAGCUUGAUAAAGAGGAGAUGAAAAGCUGGCUUUUCCCGGACGACGAUUUCUCACAAGAAGAACCAAAAACAUUGAUCAAAGAAGCAGACGACAAUAAAGACGGAAAGCUGAGCAUGGAUGAAAUUAUGAACAACUACAAAGUCUUUAUCGAAGAUGAACCGAAUGAUGAAAAUCAUGAUGAAUUGUAA